AUGGAGAAUGAUGCCUAUGACAGGAUCGGGGACGAACCCCCUAACUAUGAGGAGACGUCUUUCUCCGGUGGUACCACCUCUAACGGUAAUGGGACCGGUAACGGAGAGCACCGGGCCGUCCGUCCGUCCGUGGUCAGUGCGUUUGGUCAUGACACGCUGGACCGCGUGCCCAACAUCGACUUCUACCGGAACGCUGGGAGUGUGAGCGGUAACCGUGCAGUCCGACCGUCCCUGCAGGAGCUCCACGAUGUCUUCCAGAAGAAUGGAAGGAUCUCGGUGCCGAACACGGUGGAGGACAGAGAGGGGAGCGACGGGACGCCGUCGGACGACGUGGAGUCUGUCAUUCCCCUGGACAACAAAGAUGGAACCGUGAGGUUCGGCUGGAUAAAGGGAGUCCUGGUUAGUGGAGAUGGGUUAUAUUGGACAGGGUUAGGAGGGUCCUGGGGAGUGGAGAUGUGUUAUAUUGGACAGG